AAUUUCUUACUUCUCUGGUGGGUGUCUGGGUAGUGGCCAGAUGGAUUGGUUGCAAUACAUGGCGCUGCCAUAUGCCAGUGUGUGUGGGCUGGUGCCAUUCUUUGCUUUCUUCAGGCGGUUUUUGCUUUUCGUUUCCUUUUUAAAUUUCUCAUCUCUUCCAAGUCACGUAGCAUCCAUCCCUCCAUCUCUCUCUCUCUCGCCAAGCUUCGUCAAACCCAUGUAAAAAUGCAGCCUAAACCGCUCAUUCCCGACUCUGGAAAAGGCGGUGGUGGAGGGAAGACCAGAUGGGAAAGGGGGAAGGUUAAAGAGAAGGAUCACGCCGGCGGCGAAGGGUCGCCGUCCAUCAAGCUUGGGCUCGGGAUUGGAGCAAGCGGCGUGACCAAACAACAGGGGAAGUGUGGGUUCACGCUGGCGCAGUGGUAUGAGUUCCAGCAGCAGGCUAUCAUAUGCAAGUACAUAGUCUCUGGCCUCGUUGUGCCCUUUUACCUUGUUCUCCCCAUCUGGAAGAGUGUUGCCAGGUGCUUUGGCUCUGCUAAUGGUGGAAUCUAUAAUCAUUUCCCAAGUUUUAUAGGAUUCAAUCUUCAGGACUUUCAUUGUAAGGGUGAGAUGGAUCCAGAACCAGGGAGGUGUAGAAGAACUGACGGGAAGAAGUGGCGAUGCAGCAGGGAUGUUGUUCCCAAUCAGAAAUACUGUGAGAGGCACAUGCAUAGAGGGUGCCAGCGUUCAAGAAAGCAUGUGGCAGCUUCUGUCAUUGCUUCACAACCUGGUACAUCCAUUGAUGCCUGCAAAACCACAAAAACAUCCAAUUCCGGUGACAUUACUAGUACAAAGAGCAACCUUUCAAUUUCAAGUCCUGUAGAUUUUGAAUUUGCUACCCCCUCUUCAAAUACCGGCACCAACAGUUCUGCUACGGCAUCUCCCACCACCAACUCUGUUAGUGAUUUCAGCAGAAAUGGUAACAUUGUUGUCUCUAAGUUAGCCUCAUCCACUGCUACCAUCCCCCUAGCUUGCUAUGGCAGUAAUGAUAACAUAAUUGCCGGUGUCUUGAGUCCUAGUGCUGAAAACAACAGAAACAACAAUGUCCAUGUUGAUGUCAAGGAUGCCAGUUAUGGUCAUCUUGAUAACAGGUCCAACAUCAAUCGAAGCAGCAAAGGUGUAAAAAAUUCUGGAGAUGGUAACUUUGCUGGUCCUGGAUUUGGCUCCUCUGCAAAUGGUGCUCAGCAAGGGUUAGGCCGCGGCAGCAGCACCUGGGUCGACAACGGGCAUGGGGAAGGAACAGGAUUUCGGAGAUGCCGAAGAACAGAUGGUAAGAAGUGGCAGUGUAGCAGGGAGGUUUUACCGGAUGGGAAGUACUGCGAGAGGCACGUUAACAGAGGCAGAGGCGCCAAGAAGUUUGUAGUCCACUAUCAGCAGCCCAUCCCCAUCCACAGUGUUUCCCUUGCCCCCCCUCCCCUUGCCAUACCCAAAACUGCUGUUAUACCUAGCACUGCUGAUACCCGUAUGAACGUGGACAUCGGCCUCUCCAUCGCGGUUGCAGCUAGUCCUGCACCAAUUACCAGCGAUGAGAGCAGCGAUGCCACCACCAUCACCGAUGAAAUCAGCACGUUUUCUCACUUGGUGGCUGCAUCUCCGUGAAAUCUGUCAACUUCAAGCUCAAAGCUCAAGCUCAAGUUUUAAGUUUUGUGGGUGGAAAUCCUUUUCUUACCUUGCAGCUCUCUCUCUUGGAAAUUAGGGACGGAAUGUGUGUUAUUUUUGUUAUUAUAAUGGUCUUUAUACAUUAGUGGGUUUUAAAUCAAAAAGUUUCUGUUGUAUGCAUUCUGGGACCUGUUGCAUUACCCUCGU